CUGCUUUUGGUUCAAGCUGUUGGCCUCUCAAGCUGGCCUGGCCAAGGGAAUGCUAUGGUGAGGACGGGCGACAAGCAAGGACCCAAGCGAACCAUCAAGCCAGGGACGCGAAUCUGUGUGCAGGGCUUGCCGUCGAAUGUGAGAAAGACUGUGCUACAGGGGGCAUUUGGUGAUUUCGGCAAUGUGGUGAAGAUCGAGAUGCCACAGGAGCAGUCCGUCGCCUUCAUCGAGUUCGAGGACCCUGGAGACGCCACCGACGCCGCCGAGAGCAUGGAUGGCAAGACGAUAGAGAAGCAGAGGGUCAGCGUGAGGCUCGUGGACGACCGGCCCCGGCAGGGGCCCGACCACGCCGUCCGGGUGCAGCACGCCUACCUCGGCGUCCUCGAGUCGCGCGCCGCCCAGCGGCGGAGAGGGCCAGCGAGAGGGCGGCCGCCGCGCCCGACGACGGCGGCUUCGAGCGCCGCGAGGCGCGACGGCUGGCCGCCCGCGCCGAGGCCCAGCAGGAGCGCGGCCUGCGCGCGGGCAGCCGCCGCAGCCGCUCCCGCAGCCGCUCCGGGCGCGGCGGCCGCGCGCGCGUCGAGCGGCGGUGACGCGCGCCGGCCGGCGCUGCCGCGGAGGCCCUCGCCGUCCUGGAGUGGCCCGCGCGGCCGGGAACUGCUGUGGCGUCCUGGCGGUGGGCGUGGGGCGGCACCGCGCCCGCGAGGCCGAGGCAGAGGCGGCGCGGUGCCCGAUGGCCCCCGCCGUCGACGCGGCCCCUGCGCUCCGAGGCUGCUCCGCGGGCCUCCUUCGCGCGGCCCCGCGCGGCCGCGGCCGCGGGGCUGCGCCGUGGGGCGCGCGGUGCCGCGGGGCUGCGCCGCUGGGCGCGCAGCACGGAGGCUGCCCUCGCUGCCACGGAUCCCCGCCGCGCGCUCCCCCGCCUCGAAGCGGGCCUCGGCCGGUGCCGGCUGGAGCGGCGCUGUCGCGGGCAUGGCUGCGGAGAGGGGAACGUGA